CAGUAGUUGAGAGAAAGUGACGCGGCAGAGUCUGACGCGUCCGCUCGACGACGAUCACCAACCACCAUGGCCACCUUAACCCAUCCUCACGCCCUUACGGCGAAAACCCCAAGGAAGCCGUCUCUGCGGCCGGCCUCUGCAGACUUGUCUCCAGCCCAUUCUGUUCCCGUGAUAAAUGACCCGGCGGAAUUACUACACUCUGUAAACUCUGUAGUCAAAAAUCGCAAUGGGUCCGUGCUUUGCCGGCAGACCAUUCUGAAAAGUGACCACUUUGACACUGGGUUGAACCCUCGACUCGACUUUCAUCUUCAGGGCGCCCCAAACUUCCGUUCUGCCGACCUCAAUAUCUUUGGGGUAGCGCAACCGACAAUUCCAGGGAUUCGCACCAUUCUUACGUUGCUGGGAUGCGGCCCGACGUCGCAAGGGACAAGCCAACUCCGCUGGUUCUCUUCAAGGGAGGAACCAAUCAUCUAUCUGAAUAGAAAGCCUUUCGUAAUCCGAGAUAUCGAGCAUCCCCUCACGAACAUAAGGUUUGUGCAAGGGAUCAGCGCAACUAGACUUGAGCAAAUGGAGUCGCGAUUGAAGGAGGAUAUCGAAAAGGAAACCGCCAGGUUCGGAGGGCUGCUCCUGGUUCAUGACGAGUUGGAACCUGGUCGUGUAGUACCGACUUGGAUGGCCAUUGACCAUAUCCAAACAUCCCGCGAAGUUUUUGAAUCAUUUGUUACUUCGGGCUUCCGCAUCAAAUACUUCCGCAUUCCUGUAAGUCCUGAACAAGCUCCAGAAGACAGGUACAUAGACGAGUACGUACAGGCUAUCAAAGACACCGUCAAAGAGGAUGCGCUGAUUUUCAAUUGUGGAAUGGGUGUCGGACGGACAACGUUUGCCAUGGUAUUGGCCAUCCUGAUCCGGCGCGCCCAGCUCAUUGCCAGAAGAGAGGAAGACCCGAUUCCGGUGACCCAAAACCUCGGGUCGCAAGCUAAUCUGCUUAGCUUGGAAGAAGCUACAGCGCAGAAUAAAGCAAUGCUUCGGAUGAUGUAUGUCCUGGAAAAAGGUCUUUCGGCGAAACAGCAUCCGGGUUCGGCCCUUGAUUGGGUCCUUGCCCGGGGUCCACUAAUUGCAGAUCUCAAAAAUGCUAUUCUGGGAAACUACCAAUGCAUCUCACAGCUAGCGAGUGUGAUUUCACACGGUCCUCACAACAAGAAAUUGCUGGAUGAAGUUAUUGACAGAUGUGAUAUUAUGAUCAAUCUCCGGGAAGUUACGCUCAUGCAUCGAGUUGAGUACUUUGUCGAUGGGGAUCCGACGUCACUGCAAAAGGCAGUAGGAUGUUUGGAGCGAUACUUCUUCCUCCUUGCGUUUUGCUCGUAUAUCGACGAGCAUUCCUUGAAGGGAUAUCAGCCGUCUUUCACUGAGUGGCUGAAAAUGCGACCAGAGAUAUCCGUGAUGCUUGAGAAUUUUCGGGUACACGGUCCAAGAUUGCAGCUAUUCAGACCAAUUGAGGAUCUUUCACUACUAUCGACUGACAUGGAAGCUCAGAAAGGAAGAGGAUGGGACAAAACGCGCCCAACAGCGUAUGAGUUGGAAAAGCACGUAAUCAAGUCACGAAAGGGAACAGUUCUUGCCGCGCACACAAUUCUUAAGGUCGAUCAUUGGUUGAAGGAGGCACAAGACACCAUUGAAGGAGCAGCUAACUUCAGGAAGCUGCCAGGUUUGAAUGUUUACGGGGUGGCUCAACCAACUAUUCAAGGUGUCAAAAACGUUAUGCAUGUUCUUGAGGAGGACUCACCAUCCACAAGAAAAAUCAUAUGGAUAAAUCUUCGGGAGGAGCCUCUCAUAUAUAUCAAUGGCAUACCCUAUGUCCUUCGAGACGAGUACGUCACUCUUCGUAACAUAAAGUCAUAUUCGGGUAUAACGUCGAAUCGCCUUGAGCUGAUGGAAGCCCGACUGAAAAUGGACACAUUGUCCGAGCUUGAAACAUAUGAGAAUCAAAUCCUUCUGCAUAACGAAACGCCAAACGGGGAUGUUGUUGCGCAAUGGGAGGACUGUCAUCCCUCGAACGUACUGACUCUUAAAGAGGUCUUCGAAUUAGUAAAAGCCGAAGGCAAGGAAGAUUACCGGGACAGGGACAUUGAAUUCGCCUAUUGGCGGGUUCCCGUCACAGCCGAGACUCCACCUGGAACCACUGACUUUGAUGAUCUGAGGAGAAUCAUCUGCGAAGUUGAUCCGAAAAAUACGGCGCUUGUGGUGAACUGCCAAAUUGGCAUGGGCCGAUCGACAACUGGAACAGUUGUGGCGUGUCUCGUGUUGAACUGGCUGAAAGGUUUAAAGCCAGAAAUUCCUACUCCUGUCAAACCGCCCCUUAACUAUGCGAUCAUACACUCGCUGCUCCGAGUGAUUCGCAACGGCUUAGAGUGCAAGCGAGUAGUAGAUGAGUUUAUCGAUGCCUGCGGCCAGCAAUAUAAUCUGAGAGACGCUAUUGAGGAAUUCAGACUCAAGGCGGAGCACGCCACAGACGAGCAAACCAAAGCCAACGCCAUCGCAAAAGGUGUGCUUAACCUGAAACGAUAUUUCCUUCUUAUUGCUUUCAAGGCAUACUUGGAUCAAAAUGAGCCCGGUUUCGGGGUUGAACUCGAGAGUUUCACUCUUUGGCUGGAUUCUCAUGCAGAAUUCAAAGGAAUGAAGCAGGCUAUGGAACUGGAGAAUGGUAUGGAUGCGAUUCUCCCGGUUGAGCAGAUGGACCCCGGGGAUGGGCUUGCACUGUCGUCGGAAGUCCUGGAGGUAGUUAGUCAGCGGAACGGUGCGGUAAUGGGCAAGAAUACCAUCUUGAAGUAUGACAUGUUUCCAGGGGCACAGAAGCUUUCCUUAACAGAGCGGAUAGAUGGUGCACCGAACUAUCGUCGAAUACCCCUUCCUAAUGUCCGUGGCAUUUGCAUGCAAGGGAAAGCCUUCGGCGCUGACACCGAUCGCGCAUCAGCAGUGUAUGGGAUCGGCAUGCCAACGAAGACCGCUAUAAGAACUGUGCUGCACAAGGUGGGCGCCUCUCCUCACGGCGUAAGGCAAUUGGUCUGGACAAGUUUACGAGAGGAACCAGUCUUGUAUAUCAAUGGGAGACCUUAUGUUUUACGGCUUUUCCAAGACCCUAUGAAGAACCUGGAGGCUACCGGUAUAACGCACGAGCGCGUGGAGAUGAUGGAAUAUCAGAUGAAGUUGGAUGCUAUUGCGGAGAUUAAAAAAUACGGAGGGCGGAUGCUACUACAUGAAGAAGAGGCUGACAGCCAAGGAUUUUCGAUUGUGCCUGUUUGGGAAACAGUAAAAGAAGAAGACGUCCAAACUCCGUUAGAGGUAUACCGCUCAAUUCAAGAGGAGGGUUAUCGAGUGGACUACCUACGUUUACCCAUUACGGAUGAGCAAGCACCGAUUCCGGACGUGUUUGAUCGCCUAGUGGAGCGCCUCACCAGAGUUACAGAAAGCACGGACAUAAUGUUUAAUUGCCAAAUGGGUCGUGGCCGAACAACAACUGGGAUGAUAAUCACCUGCUUAAUGGAAAUGAUCGUUGGGAAUAGCACGUUGAUCUCGAACCCUGGGCAGAUCUACGAAACAGAAGACAUCCCGUUGACGAGCGUAGAGAGUGACGUCAUCCGUCAGCGAUAUCAAAAUGGAGAGUAUAAGAUGAUCCUGCAGCUUGUUGCAGUACUGUCUUAUGGAAAGCUUGCCAAACGCUUGACGGAUAUUGCCAUUGAUACGUGUGAGCAUAUUCAAAAUCUUCGAGGGGCCAUUUACGACUACAAGUUGCGAAUAGAAGCCCUUGGCGAGAAGAGCGCCAAGAGACAGAAUUUGUUUGAGGUCGGAUGCAAUUACUUGGUGAGGUAUUUCUAUUUGAUAGUGUUUGCGGAUUAUCUUCUGGAGAUAUGGGCUGGCUGGGAAGGAAGACUGCAAGGAGUUGAUCUGGCAGGAGAAGUGGAGAAAGUGGAAAAGGAGGGCUACAGCGCCAUUACGGGAGUAGCUCACAUUGCGGAAAAAGCGAGCAAAUUGAUAGACUUUAGCGCUUGGCUUGCCGAACGGCGCGAAAUUGCAAACUUGGCACGAAAAGAGCUUCAAGGCUUAGAAUGAGAAUGAACCUGGUUUGUUCACAAAGCCAUGCGCGCUAGUUUUAUUUCACACUGUACAAAGAGGUGCACUAAAGAAAAGAGAGGCAAGCAAAUAAAGAAACGCCAAUCUGACACUACUCAAGU